ACACACUUUCAUCUCUAGCGUUCUGGUUCCCUGCUUCCCCUGCUAUCUGCGCGUUAGCCAGACACAUAUUGACAAGCCAUCAUGGACCAGAUGAGCGGCUUCCGUGUAGCGCAACACUUCGAAAAAGGCAGGUUGUUGCUCGCAAUCAAUUCCAUUGCCGCACUCUCCAUCUUCUUCUUCGGCUAUGAUCAAGGCAUGAUGGGCGGCGUCAACAAUGCCAAAGACUACAUCCACCUCAUGAAAUUCGGCCACAUCGACCCCAUCACCAACGACCCCGUCAUCACCGACUCCCUCCUCCAAGGCGGCAUCGUCUCCGUCUACUACCUCGGCACACUCAUCGGCUGCCUCUUCGGCGGCUGGACCGGCGACAAACUCGGCCGCAUCAAAACCAUCGCGUUGGGAGCCGCAUGGGCCAUUUUCGGAGCAACACUACAAUGCAGCGCACAAAAUGCCUCAUGGAUGAUUUGCGCUCGCUUCGUCAAUGGUAUCGGCACAGGAAUUUUAAAUGCCAUUGUCCCCGUGUGGGCGACCGAGACGGCAGAGCAUACGAGUCGAGGACAAUUUAUUGCCGUGGAAUUUACGUUGAAUAUUUUUGGAGUGGUGGUGGCGUAUUGGUUGGAAUUUGGACUGUCGUUUGUUGAUGGAGGGAAUUCGCAAUUGCGAUGGAGAUUUCCCAUUGCGUUUCAGAUUCUGCCGUUGCUGGUCUUGUUGGGUUCUGUGUGGUUUUUUCCCGAGAGUCCGAGGUGGUUGGUCAAAGUGGGGAGGAAUGAGGAGGCGAGAUAUCUAUUGGGGAGGUUGCGAGGGGAAGAUGCGGUGGGUGCUGCGAAGGCGGAUGCGGAAAUGAGGGAUAUUCGGAAUAUUGUGGUGCAUGAGAGGAAGACGGCGAGUCGGAAUAGUUAUUAUAGUAUGUUGUUUGGCAUUGGGUCGGGAAAUCUUCAUACGGCGAGGAGGGUGCAGUUGGUGAUAUGGCUGCAAAUUAUGCAGGAGUGGAUCGGAAUCGCGGGCGUGACGAUUUAUGCUCCGACCAUCUUUCGAAUCGCCGGAUUCUCGAGUGAAAAGAGUCAAUGGAUCUCUGGAUUGAACAAUAUCUUCUACAUGUUCUCGACACUAAUCUGCGUCUUCACACUCGACCGGAUCGGACGGCGGUACACGCUCUACUGGGGCAGUGUGGGAAUGGGUAUUGCCAUGUUUCUUGCAGGAGGCAUGUCCAGAGGUGGAAUCGAUGCUCGAGCAGCCGGCAACGAGUCCAGUGCAUCUUCCUACGGUAUCGCAGCUGCGUCAUUUGUCUUCAUCUUCACCAGCAUUUUUGGUGCGACAUGGCUUACCGUUCCCUGGCUAUAUCCCGCUGAGAUCUUCCCCCUCGAAGUGCGAGCCAAAGGAAAUGCCUGGGGUGUAGUAGGAUGGUCCAUCGGCAACGGCUGGCUGACGCUGCUCUGUCCCGUCAUGUUCAACGCGAUCGGAGAAAAGACGCUCUACAUCUUUGGCGCUUGCAACGCCAUCACCAUACCCAUGGUGUGGGCAUUAUACCCCGAGACGAACCAGAGAACGUUAGAAGAAAUGGACCUUGUCUUUGCAGCAGACUCCCCCUGGGUAUGGGACGCCGAAGCCAAUUUCAAGCGACUGAAGGAGGAAAAUCCGGAUCUGGUGAGUGCGGUUGCAAGUCGAGGUAAUUCGGUCGUGGAUCCUGAAGUUGGUAAUAAGGCUGGAGUCGCAGAGACACACGAGUCUCGGGGUGAGACGUCAGCGAAAGGUCUUGAAUGAGCCAAGGUAGAUGGAGGUUUAGAACUUUUUUUUAAAGAAAAAAGAAAACAGAUAUUUAAAU